AUGAAUCUAGUAAGGUUUAUGAACAACCGUGUUCCUCCUAACAAGAGAUACCAGCCCACAGAGUAUGAGCACGCUGCCAACUGUGCUACGCAUGCGUUAUGGAUAAUCCCCAGCCUGCUGGGCAGCUCCCUGCUGCACCUCCAUUCAGAGGACCAAUGGGAGCGCAUGUCGGCCUGGGUGUACGGGGCGGGGCUCACCUCGCUCUUCAUCAUCUCCACCCUGUUCCACACGGUGGCCUGGAAGAAGAGCCACUUACGGUCUGUGGAGCACUGUUUCCACAUGUGUGACAGGAUGGUGAUCUACUUCUUCAUCGCUGCCUCCUACGCCCCGUGGCUGAACCUGCGGGAGCUGGGUCCUUGGGCGUGCCACAUGCGCUGGCUGGUGUGGGUCAUGGCCUCGUUUGGUACCACCUACGUCUUCUUCUUCCAUGAGAGGUACAAGAUCAUGGAGUUGAUCUGCUACACGGUGAUGGGUGUUUUUCCAGCCCUGGUCAUCCUCUCAAUGCCGGAGCAGUCGGGCCUGUGGGAGCUUCUGGUGGGCGGAGCCUGCUACUGUCUGGGGAUGGUCUUCUUCAAAAGCGACGGCAUCGUCCCGUUCGCUCACGCCAUCUGGCACCUGUUUGUAGCGAUGGGAGCCGCCAUACACUACUACGCCAUCUGGAGGUACCUCUAUGCCCAGCCGCCCAAUCAGGUUCAGACCUCCAGAUGA